AUGUUCGUGAAAACUGUGUCCGGCAAGACCAUAACGCUCGACGUCGAGUCGACCGACUCCCUCGACAACGUCAAGGCUCAGAUUCACGUCAAGGAAGGGAUUCCACCGGAGGAGCAACGUUUGAUUUUCGCCGGAAAACAGCUGGAAGAUGACGAUGGCCUCACUAUUGCAGAUCUCAACAUUCACAAAGAGUCUACCUUGCAUUUGGUUAUGAGCCUGAAGGGUGGAAAGAAAGACAGAUAUGAGCCAUAUCUCAAGGAGCUGGCCAAAAAAUACAGGCAGUACAAGAAAGUUUGCCGCAAAUGCUAUGCUCGCCUGGACGUUCGCGCUGUCAAUUGUAGGAAGAAAAAAUGUGGAUACAGCAAUCAGUUGAGGCCCAAGUCGAGGGAAAGCGAAAAUAUCGAGUAG